ACCGCUCGACUUCGACGCGACUUAACCGCCUGAUCGACUGUGCUCAUUCACCGCUUUGUGCCAUACAACACCAUAGAGCUAAUGCUCUAAUAGAACUUUUGAUAAGUUUUAUUCAAAGUCCAUUCAAUAUGUCAACACUGAGUCAUCAUCCGUACGCGUUUACCAUGCAUCACGGCAUGCUGCCGGAGUACCCGAGCGCGCCGCAGCCGCUGCCUGCUUCCUCUCCACAAUCAGAGGGUCACAUUAAGAGGCCGAUGAACGCCUUCAUGGUUUGGUCCAGGCUGCAGAGACGGCAAAUUGCGAAGGACAAUCCGAAGAUGCACAAUUCAGAGAUUUCUAAACGUCUCGGAGCUGAAUGGAAGCUGUUAACAGAAAUGCAGAAAAGACCAUUUAUUGAUGAGGCGAAGAGGCUGCGGGCCCUCCACAUGAAGGAACAUCCAGAUUACAAGUAUAGGCCGCGUAGGAAGCCAAAACCACCUACACAGGGUGGAGCGCCAGGUGCCGGUGCAUUCCCGAGUUUCCCGCUUCCGUAUUUCGCCGGCCCUGCUCCCGGCGUCGGACACUUGGACGCAUUGCCGUACCCCACAGUGCCACCAUACUUCCCACAUCAACUGGAUCAUCUGCAGUUUUCGAAACUCAUGGCGCCGACGGCGGAGAAAUUGCCGACGGUGUCGUCAUCGGCUGCAGCAGUCGUGUCAUCGUUCUACUCUUCGCUGUACACGUCGCCUGUGGCGCAGCCCAAACCGUUCUCAUCAGCAUUGUUCCAUCAGUAUGGAGCUGCGCCUUCUUCACCAGUGUCACCUUCAACCCCGACGCAGCACAGCCCCCACGAUGACCAGUUGCGGAGGCCGGUCUCCGUCAUAUAUUGAAGGCCGACUUGCCUUCCUUGAAGGAUCCCCGCCCUUUGAGGACGGCAAUGCAACAUCUAGUGUUAAGGACAGUGAAACUUGAAGUCUUAUUAAUUUUAUUUAUUCUAGAGUUAGAGUUGGAUUUGUAAAUCGAGUGAAUCUCAUAUCAGUGACCUGUAUAUAUGUUGAGAAUUAAGGUAGGCCGUCGGGGUCGCGUAUUGAGUUUAAACUGUGAUUUUUGUUUUUGAUGCAUCUUUAUAUAUAUAAGGUAACGUAGCGCCGGCUUGUUAGUUAUGUGAAGUGAGAUUGGUACCAAAAAGAGAUUUAUUUCCGUAGGUAUCACUACAUUUAGCUGAAUAUAUAAGAUUUGCGCUUUCCUGAUUUACGUUUUUGUCAUUGCGUGAGUCAAUUUGUUGAGUUUGUUUGUUUCUAUGAUUCUGUGGCGUGUCUCGCUUUACUUUAGAAAUCAGUGUAUUUUAUUUAUUGACUCCAAGCGUAGUAUAGUUGUAAUUGUAAAUUAGUUAACUAAAUUAUAAGUUAUUAGCGUCACAGCUGUAAAUAUUAGUAACUAAAUUAAAUCGAUGUCAGUACCAACGAUGUAUUAUAAUAGUAUUUGAGGAAACUUUGUUA